CCUCGUCUGCCCCUCCGGCCGACCGGGUCGCUGCAGCUGCUGCAGGUCACAGCGAAAAAGGGAUUUUUGGGCUCAGCUCUUACUGCACCUCUUCCUCCAUCAGGAGACUCUUCCCUCUGGUUUCCCUUCUUUCCUUUCCUUCCUCUCUCCCCACACUCCCUCCGCCCCGUCCUCCUCAUUUUGGAGGUGCUUUUCGCACCUUCUUGUAAUCCCGGGGAUGUGACGCCCCAGAACCACAACUACCUCACUUGAAUUGCACUUUUGUUUUGAUUUCUCCCUCGCUUCCUCUUGUUCCCCUCUCAUCCGAUUCAUCUGCGAAGUCUGAUGUUUCCGCCAGAGGGGACGAGAAAUAAAUAGAUGAUGCUGCCCCAGAAGGCUUAGACGUCGGGACAGGGCAGUCGGAGCGGCAGGAGCAGCAGCAGCAGGGGCGGCGGCUGGGGCUCGGCGGAGCUCGUGGGACCCCAUUGGGGGAAUUUGAUCCUAGGAAGCCGUGAGAUUGCCGGGGGAGGAGAAGCUCCCAGAUCAUUGUGUCCAGUUCCAGUGGGGAGGAGGAGACGGCGGCGCGGGCCUCUCGGCGUGCUUGGCACCCCUGCACCCUGCCCCAUCCUGCCGGGAUCAUGGUCUGCGGCAGCCCGGGAGGGAUGCUGCUGCUGCGGGCCGGGCUGCUCGCCCUGGCUGCCGUCUGCCUGCUCCGCGUGCCCGGAGCCCAGGCUGCAGCCUGUGAGCCCGUCCGCAUCCCCCUGUGCAAGUCCCUGCCCUGGAACAUGACCAAGAUGCCCAACCACCUGCACCACAGCACCCAGGCCAACGCUAUCCUGGCCAUCGAGCAAUUCGAAGGUCUGCUGGGCACCCACUGCAGCCCCGACCUGCUCUUCUUCCUCUGUGCCAUGUACGCGCCCAUCUGCACCAUUGACUUCCAGCACGAACCCAUCAAGCCCUGCAAGUCUGUGUGCGAGCGGGCCCGGCAGGGCUGUGAGCCCAUCCUCAUCAAGUACCGUCACUCGUGGCCCGAGAGCCUGGCUUGCGAGGAGCUGCCGGUGUACGACCGCGGCGUGUGCAUCUCUCCCGAGGCCAUCGUCACCGCGGACGGAGCGGAUUUUCCUAUGGAUUCUAGUAACGGAAACUGUAGAGGAGCAAGCAGUGAACGCUGUAAAUGUAAGCCUAUUAGAGCUACACAGAAGACGUAUUUCCGAAACAAUUACAACUAUGUCAUUCGGGCUAAAAUUAAAGAGGUAAAGACCAAGUGCCACGAUGUGACUGCAGUUGUCGAGGUGAAGGAGAUUCUAAAGUCCUCUCUCGUAAACAUUCCAAGGGACACUGUUAACCUUUAUACCAGCUCUGGCUGCCUGUGUCCUCCGCUUAAUGUUAAUGAGGAGUAUAUCAUCAUGGGCUAUGAAGAUGAGGAACGCUCCAGAUUACUGUUGGUGGAAGGUUCUAUUGCUGAAAAAUGGAAGGAUCGACUUGGUAAAAAAGUUAAGCGCUGGGACAUGAAGCUACGUCACCUUGGACUGAAUAAAAGUGAUUCUAGCCAUAGUGAUUCCACGCAGAGUCAGAAGUCUGGCAGGAACUCUAACCCCCGGCAGGCACGCAACUAAAUCCUGAGAUGAAGAAAGAACAUUAGUGGACUUCCUAUUAAGACUUGCAUUGCUGGACUAGGAAAGGAAAAUUGCACUAUUGCACGUCAUAUUCUAUUUUUUACCACAAACUCACGUGGUAACUGAUACUGUUUCUAUUUUCUCCUUUGUGUUCUGCUUUUCUCUUUCCUCCCCCACCCCCUUUUUUGUGGUCUGGGUACAGAUCCUUAAAAUAUAUUAUAUGUAUUCUGUUUCACUAAUCACGGGAAAACUGUUCUUUGCAAUAAUAAUAAAUUAAACAUGUUGAUACCAGGGCCUCUUUGCUGGAGUAAAUGUUAAUUGACUGCUGUGCAUUCAGGUUGGGAAUGAAUAUUGGAUAACAAGAGAGAAAGCUAAAUAAGCUGUACAAUAUACUCUGCUGAUCUAAUUACAGCCUCAUUUUCACAUGCCUUUUGGGCAUUCUCCUCACGCUCAGAAAGUCCUCCAUGUUUAUAAAGGUAAAAUAGCAGUUGGAAAUCAAAUGCCACAGAAACAAAGCAAUCAAGCACCAGGAAGCAUUUAUGAGCAAAAGACACACAAGAUGAAUGAUUUGCAAGAUUGGCAGGAAGCAAAAUAAAUAGUGUGAGGAGUAAGGGAAAGAACAUUUUGCCUGACUGAGAGGCACAACUGAAACCAGUAGCUGUUGGGGUGUUAACAGCAGCAUUUAUCUUUUGGCAAUAUCUUUGAUUUGUUUAUGAAUACAUAUAUUAGUCAGCAUUAGGGGAGUAAAUCACAACUAGACAGCUGCUAUUAUCCGCAUAGCUCUGCUUAAUUUUAAAUAGACCCAUUGGCAUGAGUCUUUUUUCUCUUUGUUUAAAAGUGACUGGCUGCAUUGACCAAAAGAAGAGAGUAUGUAUGUGCAUACACCAGGGUGUUAUUUUAAAAGGUAUGGAGCUCUAGAAAAGCUGUAGUUCGCAGGACGGUAAAAUGUUCAUGGUUUGUGUGUGUGUGCCUGUAUUUGGUUGUGUGCACUCACACUUGGCCUAUGCACUGGCCUGUCCUUUAUCCUUUGGAUUUGUGCUGUUUAAUGCUCAGUAAAAUACAUCUAAUAAAAGGGAUUAUGGUUGUCAGGAGAGAGGCUACUUUGACUUUUGAACCAAUAGCACCUUCUCAUUGCCCCAGUGCGAUCCCCGAGGACCAUGGGGAACAAAUGAGGCUUUCCCCUCCUUCAGAGGGACUCCUUAGAGCCUGUGCCAACCACCGGAAAGCCUCAUUCUCUUCCAUUUGUAUGUUGGAUUAGUAGAACCAAAUUUCUAAGCAGUGAUAUGCUGAAAAUAAAACACUUACCAAGCAAAAUUGUGUUUUCUUCUACAAGGACAAUCAUGCAAGGAUGACAUUUAUUCCUGAACAUGUUUGCUAAAGUGGUAAAUAAUAAUUCAUCUAAAUUCUAUUUUGGAAGUACGAGAAUAUCCUUGCCUUCUGAGUGACCCCAAGCCCCAACAAUUUCUUUAGUCUUAGAAAAAAGCGUUCCCACAUUUGCCUACAGGACGAGGACUGCAGUGUUUCCUGCUGCCCUGCGGUUGCUUUCAGAUAAGCCACCCUCUGCCCUUUGGCCUUUAUCCUCAGAUGGCUAAGGCAGGGGCCUCUCUCUCUAGAUGCUGUCCUAAGCUUGAAAGGUGAGCUUGAAAAGGUAUGAAGUGCCACAUGGAAGUACUAACUGUACCCCAGGAUCUCUCAUCAGGAGAUUCAUGCCCAUCUUGAGCCUCAGGGACCGAGGACUGGGAAGUGGUGCUUCUGCAUUGUCCUGUUUUUCUCAUGCCUUUAAAAUGUUAACUCUGGAAAGGAGGGCAAAAAUUGGCUGCAGGAGACUGAAAGGAACUGGUUUCUCAAAUCCACAAAAUGUCAUCAACUCUCUUCCAAAGUGUAGUAUGGUGAAUUUUAUGUGAUUAAAUAUUUUGGUGUACAAUGAAAACCACAGAUGUUUCCAGCCCCUGUAGUUUCAUUUUUGGGGCAGGGAGGGAAAGGAUAUAAUUUCUGCAUAGACAUUUGGCACAAUUUGUGCUUAAUACAUAUAUAAUUAGCAUAUUUAUAAGCAAAAGAGGACCAGAUCCUUAGAUUUAGCAGUGGGUUUUUUUAGUUGUUUAUUCUUUGCCACCUUCCAUUUUAAUGAUAUAUAUCCAGGUUAUGCUUGAUUUUGCUCAUCUACACGAGACUGUCAAUUAUUUUAAAUCCUAUAAGGUCCAUAAAUAAAGUUCAUUUGAUUUUA